AUGCCUGACGGAAAAGUGCUUGUAGUUUCCAACCGCUUGCCUGUUACAAUCACGUGCACCGGCGAUGGCGCGUACCAAUACGCCAUGUCGUCCGGCGGGCUCGUGACGGCGCUUCAGGGCCUCAAGAAAUCAACGCAAUUCCAGUGGCUCGGCUGGCCCGGCUUGGAGAUCCCCGCAGAAAAGCAGGACCAGGUGAACGCGGAGCUCAUGGCGCAGUUCAAAUGCACUGCGAUCUACCUCAGCGACACCGUGGCAGAUUUGCACUAUAACGGCUUCCUGAACAGCAUCUUAUGGCCGCUCUUUCACUACCGGCCGGGCGAGAUGAACUUCGACGAGACCGCGUGGGCCGCGUACAUCGAGGCCAACCGGCAAUUUGCCGCCAAGGUGGCGGCGCAGGUGGCGGACAACGACAUGGUGUGGGUGCACGACUACCACUUGAUGUUGUUGCCACAGAUGUUGCGGGCCGAGUUGGGCAGCACACGGCGCAAUGUACGCGUGGGCUUUUUCCUCCACACGCCGUUUCCGUCGUCAGAGAUCUUCCGCAUCUUGCCUGUACGCCAGGCCAUCUUGGAGGGCGUGUUGAGCUGCGACUUGGUGGGUUUCCACACCUACGACUACGCCCGCCACUUCUUGUCCGCGGUGGGCCGCAUUGUGCCUGGCGUGCAGACCGUGCCAAACGGCGUCGAGCACCGUGGGCGCACCAUCAGUGUUGGUGCGUUCCCCAUUGGCAUCGAUGUGGACAAGUUCACCCAGGGUGUGCAGAAGGACUCUGUGGUGGCCCGCGUGCGCCAACUCAAGGACAAGUUCAAGGACAUCAAGGUCAUCGUGGGUGUGGACCGACUUGACUACAUCAAGGGCGUACCACAGAAGCUCCAUGCGUUCGAAGUCUUCCUUACUGAAAACCCGGACUGGAUUGGCAAGGUUGUCUUGAUCCAGGUGGCCGUGCCCUCGCGCGGAGACGUCGAGGAGUACCAGAGCUUGCGGGCCAAUGUCAACGAGCUCGUGGGCCGCAUCAACGGGAAGUUCGGCACCGUGGAGUUCGUGCCCAUCCACUACUUGCAUCGCUCCGUGCCCUUCGACGAGCUUAUUAGCUUGUACCACAUCUCCGACGUGUGCCUCGUUAGCUCCACGCGCGACGGCAUGAACUUGGUCUGCUACGAGUACAUUGCCUGCCAGCAGCAGAACAAGGGCGCUCUAAUUUUGUCAGAGUUUGCCGGGGCCGCUCAGAGCUUGAACGGUGCCAUGAUUGUCAACCCGUGGAACAUCGACGAGUUGAGCGAGGCUAUUCGCGAGAGCUUAACGCUCCCGGAGGAGAAAAAAGCCAUCAAUUUCAAUAAGCUCUUCGACUACAUCUCCAAGUACACGUCCGCGUUCUGGGGCGAGCAUUUUGUCAAGGAGUUGCACAAGUUGAAGGGCGCUUGA